GGCGGGGAAGCAGCAGGAGGUGGUGAAGGGCGUGACGCAGCUGGGGACGGUGACGAUGGACGGCCUGAAGGACAAGGUGCUGGCAAAGACCGGCGGGAACACCUUGUCGUCGGCUGACACAAAGGAGAAGCUGAGCGCUCAAGAUGUUGUGAGAGAAGAGGGAAGGGACCUCGGGAGACUCCUCACUGAGGACAACACCGCCUCCAGCGGCAGUGAGGGGGGACUCGCUCAUUCCCCCAAAGACUAUCUUCAUUACGAAGAAGUGUUUUCUAACAGGAGUCUGGUGCAGUGGCCACUUAUGGUGUUCUCCACAGACGGUAAACUUGGCAACUGCUUCAACAGUUACGCAAUGGCUCUUGCCUACAAUGGUCGCCAUCCCACCACGGUCGCCGUGACAGAGCACAUCUUCAAAAUGGUCUCUGGGCUAGUUGUGGCGGAGCUUCUGACCUUACCAGUAGUGAGUCGGGAUCUAAUACGAAACGUUAAGGAGUUUGGCUUCGCCGAGACGGUUUACCCUGACUUCGUUAGAGACGACAUGGAGAGCCACCUGGAGCCCACCUUCCAGAGGGCCGUCACGGAGUACCACAACAACGCCAUGGCGAAGGUCUUCAUCCUGGAAGGUUACCCGAAGCCCAUGAAGAUGGUUGCUGAACGCCACCACCUAAUACGCACCACCUUCAAGAUCCGACCCAAUCAUCAGGCAAAAGCUUCGUCGUUCUUGGAGAGCGCGCGAGCGAGGAAGGGCGACAACGUCACCUUCGUGGGCGUCCACGUCCGACGGGGCGACUAUUUGGACUUUAUGAAGAACUUUUACCACUGCCCACUGCCGGGACCCAAGUAUUUGGUGGCCGCCAUGGACCUCUACCGCACCUCCCAAACCAACCCGGUGUUCGUAGUGUGUUCGAACGACCUCCCGUACGUCCGAAUGCAUCUUCCGGACGCCAGUGACGUCAUUUUUUCAGACAUGGCGCUCCCUGAAGAAGACAUGGCCCUACUGGCCGCCUGUUCCCACUCCAUCAUGACCGUCGGCUCCUUCGGGUUCUGGGGCUCCUACCUGGCCGGCGGACGCGUCAUCUAUCCCCUCCUAAACAACUGCUUUCACACGCCCUUCGUCCACCCGGACACCCUUGGGCCGCGGGGCUUCGAGAACUGGCUCGCCAUCCCUCUCUAA